CCUCAGAAAGCUCUAGAUCAAGAUGGCGACGUGCUUGAAGAUGAUGAUAGUUUCCAGAUUGAUACACAGAAGACCAACUCUUAUUGGAAAAAUAAGAUGGUCGAGAUGGACAAACAGCUCUUUUCAGACCCAGCUCCAGCACUCUGGCUGUUACACCAGCACCGGAACCACACAGGGAUACAGCACCACCUCAGCGAUGACAGCUGCCUGCAGGCUGACCCUCAGACCUCACAGGUGGAUGCGGGUAGGUUCGGUUCUCUGCGGCCAAACCGAUCUCCUCACACAGAAACCGCAAUACUACACGGUCCAGGACAGAUGGUUCGGAAAUCGGUCUAGUGCAGCGGGGUUUUCAGGAGAAGAUGGGGAUAGUGCAGGCUCUGGAGGGGAAGAGUCUGGAGGUGAUGGGGGUGCUUCGUAUACCGGACCCCAGAUGACCGCACUGACUCCCAUGAUGGUACCGGAGGUGUUCCCAAAUGUUCCCCUAAUCGCUGUGAGCAGGAACCCGGUGUUUCCGCGCUUCAUAAAGAUUAUAGAGGUAAAAAACAAAGAACUGAUGGAGCUGCUGAGAAGAAAGGUUCGUUUAGCUCAACCUUACGCUGGAGUUUUCAUGAAGAGAGAUGAUAGUAAUGAGUCAGAUGUGGUGGAGUCUCUUGAUGCUGUCUACAACACAGGGACAUUUGUCCAAAUUCAUGAGAUGCAGGACCUGGGAGACAAGUUGAGGAUGAUUGUCAUGGGACACCGCAGGAUUCGCAUCACAAGACAACUAGAGGUGGAGCCUGAGGGGUCACCAUCUGUUUGGGAGGAGUCUGAAUCUGAUGCUCAGUCUAAACCAAGGCGGAAAUCUAAACGCAACCGCAGGGAGCAACAGGUGAAUCUGGCUCAGCAGAUGGAGGACAAGGUUGCAGAGGUAGAUCUGACACCCGAGCUCCAGCCUCUGCCUUCCUCAAAUAUCCUGAUGGUUGAAGUGGACAAUGUUCAACAUGAGCAGUUCACUGUCACAGAAGAGGUCAAGGCACUGACAGCAGAGAUAGUGAAGACCAUCAGGGACAUCAUUGCACUGAAUCCUCUCUACAGAGAAUCUGUCCUUCAGAUGAUGCAAGCUGGUCAGAGGGUGGUUGAUAAUCCCAUUUACCUCAGUGACAUGGGAGCAGCUCUGACAGGAGCAGAGUCACAGGAGCUGCAGGACAUCCUGGAGGAGACUAAUAUUCCCAAGCGUCUCUAUAAAGCCUUGUCUUUGCUGAAGAAAGAGUAUGAGCUGAGUAAACUGCAGCAGCGACUGGGCAGAGAGGUGGAGGAGAAGAUCAAGCAGACACACAGGAAAUAUCUACUGCAGGAGCAGCUCAAGAUCAUUAAGAAGGAGCUUGGUUUGGAAAAAGAGGACAAAGAAGCCAUCGAGGAGAAGUUCAGAGAGAGACUCAAAAACAGGACUGCCCCUCAGCACAUCAUGGACGUCAUUAAUGAGGAACUCAACAAGCUGGGACUGUUGGACAACCACUCAUCAGAGUUUAAUGUGACCCGUAACUACCUGGACUGGCUGACCAGCAUGCCAUGGGGAACCAACAGUGAGGAGAACCUGUCACUGGAGAGGGCUAAAGAAGUUCUUGAAGAAGAUCAUUAUGGAAUGGAUGAUGUGAAGAAACGCAUAUUGGAGUUCAUUGCGGUGAGUCAGCUGCGUGGCUCCACCCAGGGAAAGAUUCUGUGCUUCUAUGGUCCUCCAGGUGUAGGAAAGACCUCCAUUGCUCGCUCCAUAGCCAGAGCUCUGAACAGAGAGUAUUUCAGGUUCAGUGUGGGAGGAAUGACUGAUGUUGCAGAGAUUAAAGGACACAGGAGGACUUAUGUCGGAGCAAUGCCAGGAAAGAUAAUCCAGUGCCUGAAAAAAACCAAGACCGAGAACCCUCUUGUUUUAAUUGAUGAGGUGGAUAAAAUUGGUCGUGGUUACCAGGGCGAUCCGUCUUCUGCCCUUCUGGAACUCCUAGACCCUGAACAAAAUGCCAAUUUCCUAGACCACUAUCUGGAUGUUCCUGUAGAUCUGUCAAAGAUUUUGUUUAUCUGCACGGCAAAUGUGACAGACACCAUUCCAGAGCCUCUGAGGGACAGGAUGGAGAUGAUUAACGUGUCUGGAUAUGUGGCUCAGGAGAAAUUAGCUAUUGCUGAGCGUUACCUGGUUCCUCAGCUGCGUACUAUGUGCGGUCUGACUGAAGCAAAGGCCUCCAUCUCACCUGACGCUCUUAGUCUGCUCAUCAAACAGUACUGUAGAGAGUCGGGGGUCAGGAACCUGCAGAAACAAGUAGAAAAGGUUUUCCGUAAAGUAGCAUUCAGCAUUGUGAGCGGAGAGCAGGAAGCAGUGACUGUUAAUCCUGAGAAUCUGCAGGAAUAUGUGGGCAAACCAAUUUUCACAGUGGACCGUAUGUAUGACAUCACCCCUCCAGGAGUGGUUAUGGGACUGGCUUGGACUGCCAUGGGUGGUUCAACACUGUUCAUAGAGACGUCUGUGCGUCGCCCUAGAGGACGAGACGAGACUAAAGCAGAAGGGUCAUUAGAGGUCACAGGUCAACUGGGUGAUGUCAUGAAAGAAAGUGCGAAGAUCGCCAGCACUUUCGCCAGAGCCUUUCUGAUGACUAAGGAACCUGAAAACCACUUCCUGGACAACUCUCAUCUACAUCUUCAUGUCCCUGAGGGAGCGACUCCAAAAGAUGGACCAAGUGCUGGCUGCACGAUUGUCACUGCAUUGUUGUCAUUGGCAACCAAACAGCCUGUACGUCAGAAUGUGGCCAUGACUGGUGAGGUAUCACUGACAGGCAAAAUCCUGCCAGUUGGAGGAAUCAAGGAAAAAACUAUUGCCGCUCGUCGUGCUGGUGUAACCUGCAUCAUCCUGCCAGCUGAGAACAGGAAGGACUUUUCAGACCUAGCUGACUACAUAACUGAGGGCCUGGAGGUUCACUAUGUGGAUCACUACAGUCAAAUCUACCCAGUUGUCUUCCCACACAACCAAUCGUAACAAUGAUUUGGGUGACAGCCAAUAACCCCAGUUGAGCUCCACUGGGAGGACUUUUCUCAACAGCAGUCGGUACCUCACAAUCUUGAUGACCACACCAAAACUAGUUCAAGAUUUUUCCCCUUCCAUUAACAAGAGGAGCAGCUGACUUGUGAAUCCUGGAGCCGCAAUGUCAUCACUUAAGAUGGCUGUGUCAAAAAUAAAUUUGAUGUUAAACUGACUGGGACUAAGGUGACACUGGUCACCAUGAUGAUGUCAUCACAAAAUAUGAUGUUACAAAGCAGAUGAUGGUGAAGAGACUUUGCUGCCAGGCAGCAUUUUUACCAAAACCUCUCACAAAAUUAUUUCUUUCAGAACGUUAUUAUAUUGUUUUCUAUAUUAUUAUUGGUUAUUUGUAAAAAUGAAGAUAAUCAUGAUGUAAAUAAACCAAAUAAAUUAACACAA